AUGGCUACCGCGGAGCAUAUCUGCCUUACGACUUUACGAAUUACGACCGCGCUGGAUGCUACAUUUGAUGGGGAAAACUUCACUGAAACGAGCUAUUUCGUUGUCAAGCAUGGGAGCAGAGACACCGUCCACAGCAGCGUGUUUCUGCUUGUCCCCCUCCUCCCUGGUUACCUACUAGUCGAGGCCGACUUGAAUGGACAUGGGCAUCGCGUCAAGGAGUGGAUAUUAGGUGUUUUGAGACAAUGGAAACGGAUGAUUUCUCGCCAAUAUGCUCACUCAAAUUCUUAUAAAUUGAAGAUCAUCCUCGGCUGCUUUGCCAACGCGCAUACGGAGUACAGGUCUACUCUAUGCAAUUGGCCAUUGAAGCUAGCAGGUGUAUAA